UUAUUUGAAUCAUUUGAUUAGCCAAACAUCGCUCUUUUCGUAUUUUGGAUCCCGUUUGAUGAACACUCAAGAAGAAAGCAGUCAUAAUAAUAUCAUAUCUAUACUCCCUUCUGGAGAGGAAAAGCCGGGAUCAUCUUCUGUUUUUCGACAGCUUGGAAAAAGUGAAGCUGUCCUGUCUUGUCUUUGUUAUGGUUUAAGUUCUAUGUCUGUAACUCUUAUGAACAAACUCAUAUUUUCUGGGGAGGGAAGACAGUUUCCUAUAUCUUGUAUAGUAGUCCAAAACGCUAUAUCGACUCUCUUUUUGGCCUUAUGUACCUUAUUAGGACUAUUAAGUAGCUCGAAACUCAGCUUACAACUUCUCCGUCGGCUAUUCGUUCCUCAACUCUUUUCUUCCUUGUAUUUGUAUUCUAAUGCGAAGGCUUUUGAAUAUCUAACUAUUCCUGUAGUAACUUCGCUUAAAGCACUAGUUCCUAUUUGCACAAAACUUCUCGAGAGAUUCCUAUUUGGAGACGUUGUUUCCACUUUGGAGUAUUUUAGUAUGAUUCUUAUAUUCCUUAGUAGUGCAGUGACAGCUCAUUUCGAUGUUAGUUCUACACAAGGUUAUUUUUGGACCGGAGUGAGUAUAGUAUCCAAUGUUCUUUGGUUAGCUUCUUUGAGAUUCUUUAUUGGAAAGACUCGAUAUUCCAAUAUUGCCAAGGCAAUGAACGGCAAUCUUCUCUCCUUUAUUGUAUUAACUCCCUUCGCAUGGAUACAAAAGGAACCACAACAAAUAUAUUAUGAUUGGUCCCAGCUCUCUUCUGUAUUUAAAGCUUCCUUUACUUUUUCAGGCGUUGCAGUUACAGUGAUUCAAAUAUCAGUCUUUUGGGUGAAUGCAACUACAAGUGGAGCAACAUUUAGUUUUGUUGGAAAUUUUAUCAAAGUUCCAACCAUUAUUAUCGGAACUAUUUUCUUUCAUGAAAAGCUUCCCUUUAUGGCAUGGGUUGGUGUUAUUAUGGGCAUCUUAUCUGGCUUCCUAUUUAGUUUAUCCAAGUAUCUACAAGUACCCAUACUCAUGCGCACAUCUUCCAGUAACUUCAACUUGGAUAGCCAUUCACCCGGCUCAUCCCUAACCAAAACGGAGAGAAGCAAUUGAAAAGUCAAAUCAUCUUUGAAGAGCAGACU